AGUCCUUACCCAUUGGAGGGAAACAAAUCCAUGCCCUUGUCAUAAACCUUGGCUUUGAACCCAUCAUUCAUCUCCAAACCUCACUCAUUAUCUAGUAUUCUGGUGUGGGAGAUAUUAGCAAUGCACACCACGUGUUUGAUGAAAUACCCAUUAAAAAUGUUGUCUGUUGGACUGCUUUGAUUUCUGGGUAUGUUGAUAACCAGAAACCCAACAAAGCUCUUCAACUGUUUAGGAAAAUGCAGAUGGGUAAUGUAGAGCCGGAUCGAGUAACAUUGACUGUUGCUUUCUCUGCUUGUGUCGAUGUUGGAGCUUUGGAUAUGGGAGAAUGGAUUCACGCUUAUGUUCGUAGAAAAAAAGAACUCGAUAUUGACUUGUGCCUAAACAAUGCUCUCAUAAACAUGUAUGCAAAAUGCAGGGACAUUGAAAUUGCUAGGAGGUUGUUGAUAGCGCGAGGAAAAAAGACGUCACGACUUGGACAUCCAUGAUUGUGGGGCAUGCAUUGCACGGGGAAGCUGAGGAAGCACUGAAACUUUUUGCAUCCAUGAAAAAGGAAAACAGAAGUGGGAAAAAGAAGAAUUGUGAUCCCAGGAAUGGUUUAAUCCUCCCAAACGACGUUACUUUCAUUGGAGUUCUAAUGGCUUGUAGCCACGGAGGGAUGGUGGAAGAAGGGAAGAGGCAUUUCCAAAGCAUGAUUGAGGAUUAUGGUUUAAAACCUAGGCUUUCUCACUUUGGUUGUAUGGUAGAUCUUUUAUGCAGAGCUGGGCAAUUAAAAGAAGCUUAUGAGUUUAUUCUAGGUAUGCCUGUCAAGCCAAAUGCAGUGGUGUGGCGGACUUUGCUAGGUUCUUGUGGUGUUCGGGGCAACAUUGAUUUGGCUGCAAAGGCUCGUGCACGACUACUUGAAUUGGAGGCUAGUCAUAUUGGUGACAAUGUCAUUAUGUCUAAUAUCUAUGCUGCCAAAGGUAUGUGGGAUGAGAAGAUAAUUGUUAGAGCUGUGAUGAUGCAACGUAGGGCUCCCGGUUGCAGUUCAAUAGAAGUUGGAGGUGAAAUUAAUGAGUUUCACUGCUGAUGAUGAGCAUUAUAUGAAAACAGAAAUUUACGAGGUUCUUGAAUACUUGAUUAAAACAAUAAGUGAUCAUGGUUAUGCUCCUGGUCUGUCGAGCCCAGCAGAGUACUGAUGUAUGGAAGAGUAUUGGUGAAUAUUGAAAGUCAAUGCCAGUUGGUUGGUUCUAUAUCUCUAUCAAAUUUAUCAUUAAAUAAUCAAUUAAAAUUGCUCUUUAUGAUCCCCUGAAUUUUCAGGUACACAUUUUUAUAAUUUAGUAAGAUUUUUAAGUGAUAUAACUUACGACAUAUUGACGUUGAUUUGGAAGUUUAAAAUUAAAGCUAUAAAACAUUUUUCAUUUCAAAAUUUCAAACUAGUAAGACAUGCUUUAAAUUUUUAUGACUCUUAUGAUGGAAUACCACUUUCUUAAAAGUGUUGUAUGUUUGUGGGGUCUAUUGUUGAUAUUUAUCCGACAACUAUAGGUUUGGCGCAAGUGUUGAUUUCUCUUUGAAUAUUUCCUUCGAAUUGUAAUGAGUCUUCUAUUAGAAAAUAGAGAAAUUUCACUGUUUGAAAAUAGUAAAUUUAUAUAUUUUAGAGUAGGGUGUUAAUUUUGUAAUUUUGGAGCAUUUAAUUUGAAAAUUUUAGGUAUCUAAAUUUUGCAAUCACCGCAAGUGAAAUUUUACAAUGUAUGGUGUUUUUCAGCCCUCAAAUAUGUUAUUUUUAGCUCCUAAAUUUGAAAUUAAUGACCUAUUUUUUUUUGCAAUUAGGCAACAGUCUUGCAUUUUUUACCUUGAAUUGAAAAUAUUGAAAUUUCACCGUCUUUCGAUAACAAUGAAAUUUCAUUGUUUAAUAACAAUAGAGAUAGUG